AUGACGCGAUGGAUGUAUGCUGUGUUGUGUGCCUUGGUCCUGCCGCUCAGUCUCGCACAAGGCGGUCCAUCCCGAACGGUCUCCGAGGAUUCCGAGCAAGCCUUCGAGGUGCACCAGAGGCGGGCGGCGAUGACCCAGCUUUCGAGGGGGCAGUACAUGCAGUCCGGCAACAUCAACACGAACCUCCGCUGGCAAAGCUCUGGCGAAUUGAACGCUCGCUCGUGCCCAUCUCUUGGAGGGACCAUGACCAUCAGGGUGAGAUUUGGAGCUUUUGAUCCGUCCAUCGACUCUUGGCCCUGGCGCGCCGACGCGCGGCCGUGCGAGGCGAUCGCCGCCCGAGCUUUUCUCCAGUUGGGUGAUAAUAAUCAGACUAACCAAAUUCACGAUCUCCAUCGCGUCGCCGCCUCAUUCAGAAUUGCUAUCAACUGUUUCUCGAACGACGCGGUAUGCUUCAAUCGACAUCUCAAAGCUCUUCGACAUCCAACCGAUUGUUACGCCGAGCGAGUCUCGAGGACCAGGCUGCUGCGGAUGAUACAAAGCUGGACCUUUACUACCGCGUCUUCCCCGAGCAAGCCAAGUACCGAUGGAUGGCCAGCUCCAUGGUCAUGGUCGGUGGUCUGUACCGACGACAAGCUCCUGCUUGCCCCGUCGACAAUACUACCACAACGACGCCUGGUGGGCCGACCCAGACGCCGACCGUUUCGCCUCGUCAGCGCAUUGAAUUCCUGACCUGGCCCGGAACGACGCCCAACCAAGUGUGGUCUUACACUUGGAAGAGCUACCAGUCCGCGGAUACCAAGGGCACCAAUAACUUCUUCCACGCUUGGCGUAAGUCAUCGUCACCGCGUCCCGCCUGUCUAUGUUGUCCUCUUUCAGAAAGUUAGAGCGCUUCAAGCUGACCGGCUCGCGUGCCUUACCGACUCGCAGAAAUCUUGCGUCGCGAUGGUUGCGGUGGCCCCGUCAUCACGCAAGACUAUGUCGGCGACAAAGUCCAGAUCAACGACAUUGUUCGCGGUUGCAAGGGCUGCACGUCCAUGCCUCUCAAGUAGGUCUUGGCUUCGCGAACCGAACGAUGCCCAAGUGCCUUCGGACUGACAUCAAUCGCACCUCUCCCCCAUCAGGAACUGGGUUGGAAAGACCAUCAUUCACACCAUGACGGUCAAGUACGGCUUGUCGGGAUCGAUCACCUAUCAAGCCGUUGAUACCAACAACCGCAAGGUACCAUUGCUCAAGUACGCGGUCGCCAAGGGCGACAUGGGCAGCUCGGCCAGUUUCAAAUUCGGCAUGUACCGCGCCGUCAACUCGCAAUUGAGGGCAGCGACAUCCUGGUAUGGUGAAUUCGCGGCGACCAAGAUUUCGGGUUGA